AAUUGUUUCGGAAAUUCACGCUGUUAUUUCCUCUUCGAAACCACUGAUGACAUGGACAGCGAGAGAUGCAAUUCAGGAAGCGCGAGAAGCUUGUGGAGGUCAUGGCUAUUUGAAAGCCUCCAAGCUGGGCGAUCUGCGCAACGAUCACGAUCCGAGUGUCACCUACGAAGGCGAUAACAACGUGCUCGGCCAACAAGCUUCCAACUGGCUUCUGCGUCAAUGGAACGGCACCAUUGAAAGCCCAGUGGGCACUGCAAAUUUCUUAAAAAAUCGAGGCGACAUUCUCCAACACACCUACGAGAAUAUCUUGCGUGAAAGUCCAAUCGAAUCUAUGGAUUUUGUCCUUCAUUGCUACGAAUGGAUGCUAUGCUACCUAGUGGAUAAGACGUCAAAACGCGUGGCCCAGGAUAUAAAAGCGGGCGCACACCGCUUCGAUGCGCGCAACAAUUCGCAGGUUUAUGGUGCGCGGGACUUGUCGUUGGCCUAUGCCGAAUACUUUGCCUUGAGUCGUUUCAGGCAACGUUUUCGUCGAUUGAACGUUAACACCGAACUAUCACAGGUGCUAGAACUCCUUUUCGCUGUCUACUCCAUGUGGUGUAUUGAUCGUCACAUGACCACGUUCUACGUGGGGGGAUUUGCAAAAUCGGCAUCUUUUGCGGAAGCGGUACGUGCACGUUUGCUUUCUAAAUGUAGCGAACUCAAGGAAUCGUCAGUAUCGGUGGCGGACGCUUUGGCACCACCCGAUUUCGCAUUGAAUUCGGUCAUUGCCAAAUCCGAUGGACUUUUGUACGAGAAUCUACAAAGUGAAUUUAUGACCAAUAAGGGCGCAUUUGAGCGGCCUUCUUGGUGGAAAGAUAUUAUUAUUCCUCAAGUGAAGUCGAAGCUUUAAAAGAACUCCCGAAUGGGGAUAAGCAAAUACAUACUAAAUAUGCGAGUAUAUUGCAUUUUCCUAGUGUAGAUCCUUUUUACGAAACAAGUAACUGUACUGUAUUGCAAUGUAAUGUGUGCGUGAAUCUAGGAGGUGAUUGUGUCUGUGUAGAAACUAUUGUAAAACUGAUAAUAAUAAUUAUAGUGAUGUCUAUGAUAACGGUACGUGCUAAUAUUUUUGUGGCUUCACAUUUUUACAUAUGGAAUCGAUUUGAUAUGAGAAUUUACCAAGUAAAUAAAUAUGUAUGUCAUUCAUAGUGCAUAAACAUACAAAUAUGUACAUAUAUUUAUCUAAUUAAAUUUACAUUACCGCUGAUGUAUUUCGUAAAACAAUUUUUGUAACAUACCUGUGUUGGAAUUGUUAUUACCGUUAGUGAAUGCGGCUGAAAAAUACGUAUUCUGUAUCUGUUAAACCUUUAAAUCCAUUAAAGAUUUUAACCGAAAUGAAA